AUGCAAAUGCCUCUUCGGAUUGCUAUUCUGGAAUGCGAUACCCCGCUCCGGAAUACCCAUAGCCAAUACAACGGGUAUAGAGAGAUCUUCAAAGAACUACUACACAGCAGUUUAGAAAUAUUGAACCAUCCUGACCAAUUGUUACCGGAGAAUGCAUUGGAUAUCUCCGGAUGGGAUGUAUAUCGCAGCCAGGAAUAUCCGAAGUUGGAGGAUAUUGAUGCCGUUCUUCUCACCGGGUCGAAGUUCAGUCCCUAUGAUGAUGAGCCAUGGAUCAAUCAACUACUGGGAUUCCUGCACAAAGUCUUAGCACAAGAUCGAGUUCGUAUUGUUGCAGCUUGCUUCGGACACCAGAUUGUUGGUCGGGCGCUAGGAGCCAAGGUCGGACGACAUGAUAAAGGCUGGGAGAUAGCUGUCUGCGAUAUAGAUUUGACAGAUAAGGGCAAGGAAGUGUUUCGAUUGGAGAAGAUUCGAGUCCAGGAAUCACACAAGGAUGCUGUUUUCAACUGCCCACCUGGUAUUACGGUAUUGGGUUCUUCCCCACAUUGCGAGGUUCAGGUGUUGUAUGCUCCGCGUCGCCUUCUGACUGUCCAAGGUCACCCAGAAUACAACAAAGAUGCUUUGGUAGAAAUAAUUAGCCACCAUGCCCGGAAAGGUACUUUCGAUGAAGAUCAGGCACAGGAAGCCUUAAGCAGGGCGGGCAAGGAGCAUGACGGGAUUGCGAUCGGGGCAGCAUUCCUGCGAUUCCUACUGGAGGAUUAG